AUGCCCUCGGAGAAGAGCUUCAAGCAGCGACGCACCUUCGAACAAAGAGUAGAAGAUGUCAGACUUAUUCGUGAACAGCAUCCAACAAAGAUACCGGUAAUUAUCGAAAGAUAUAAAGGAGAGAAGCAGCUUCCCGUUCUGGACAAAACAAAGUUUCUGGUCCCAGAUCAUGUCAACAUGAGUGAGCUUAUCAAGAUAAUCAGACGGCGGCUGCAGCUGAAUUCCAAUCAAGCUUUCUUCUUACUGGUGAACGGACACAGCAUGGUGAGCGUCUCCACACCCAUUUCGGAGGUGUACGAAAGUGAAAAGGAUGAAGAUGGAUUCUUGUACAUGGUGUACGCCUCUCAGGAAACGUUUGGCAUGAAAUCCUCCAUGUAAACCU